UCAUAAUGGGAAGAGGAAAAAUCGCAAUCAGGAGAAUAGAGAAUCGGACGACAAGGCAAGUUACAUUCUCGAAGCGGAGAGGCGGUCUGUUCAAGAAGACCCAUGAACUUUCUGUUUUAUGUGAUGCUCAGAUCGCUCUCAUCGUCUUCUCCAGCAACGGCAAAUUGUUCGAAUACUGUACUCAAACAACAUGCAUGGAUCAAAUCAUCAGGAGAUAUCAGAUUGCAAUAGGGAGUCGAAUUCCAGAGCAUAAUAUGAACGAUCCGGAGGAAUUGGAGCGGCAAGUAAGGUCAAUGAAAAAAGAAACGGACGAUCUUCAGCUGAGUUUGCAGCGCUACACAGCCGAGGAUUUUAGCACUUUUCACCUUCGCGAUCUCGACGAUAUCGAGAACCGUCUCCAAAACUCUCUCAACAGAGUUCGUGCUCGAAAGUCAGAGCUGUUACAGCAGCAAGUCGACAAUCUGCGAAGAAAGGAGAAAAUUCUGGAGGAUGAAAAUGAACAGAUUUACCAUCUGAUAAAAGAGGAGCAGAUGGCAAUGGAGGAGCAGCAGCAGCAGCAGAUGGCAGCAGCGGUGAUGAUGCAGAAAAGAAGAAGCGAAGAAGAUGACGAGGAAGUGAUGAUGCGGCUGAGAAGGAGGGCGGCGCAUGAUAGUCAUGAUAAUGCUGCUGAUGAUCAUCAGGCGCAGGCGGCGGCAGUUGAGCUUCAGCUUCAGCUUCAACAUGAUUACCACAAUCAUCAUCAUCAUGAUCAGGCAAGCAGCUGCGUCCUUCAGCUGGCCUCAGUACAGCAGCAGCUUCCAUCUGAUCCCUCCCCUCCUCCUCCGCCCUUCCUCCUUCCCUAUCGCCUUCAGCCUUUUCAACCAAAUCUUCUGGACAUCAACCUCCAUUCCUCCACCUACGAGUAGAGUAAGGAGUGAAGAUUUGGAGGCAGUACGUGUAGUUUGUGUAGUGGAGUUGCGUUAAGGGGUAUUCCUUGAACAACUUCUUGCUCCAUCAGGACAACAUUAUGUCAAUUUAUAAUUAACCUCCAUCUACAAAAUUACCCAAUUAAUUUCCAUAUCAUCAUCAUAUAUAUAUUUUUAUAUUUUUAUAAUUAU